CCUGCUGUCACUGUCAGUCAACUGUCAAAUGGGGAAAACAGCGAGAAACCGCGCCAGCAUGGACCAAAAAACUUUAUAAAUUAAGUUUUAGUUUAAAUAAUCAACAUUUUUUUUUGUCACAACUAUUCCAUACACCAUGUUUGCUAAAAGUUAUAAGUUAAAAUCGAACAACACAUUGAAAAAUUCGGAAAAGAAGCAUCUUGCUCAGCGUAUCAUAGAAGAGUUCGGAGCAGCGACUGAAGAAAAUGUGAAGGAAAUAGUGCCAGUGAAGUCAAACACUAGUUGUAUGAAGGUGGUGCUACAUUCCGGUGCAAUUGUCAAUGUUUACGUAGUGGAUGGAAUGCCGAUGAUCAUCGAGGACGAUAAGGGCUUGGUGCCGACUGUUUGCGCCCUCUGGAAAGUUCCAAAUUUAGUGCCCACCCUAAUAAUUCACACCCCAGUGUUGCCAAAGGUAGCAGGCGGCGCGCCUCUGUACCUACCAGGCGUAGUGAAGAGCGGGACAUGGCCGCAGUGGUCGCGCGGUGCAGCGAUGGCGGCCUGCACGCAGGACAACCGCGCCGCCGGCCUCGUGGGCCGCGCCACGCUAGGCCGCGCGGAGAUGGCACUGCUGGCCGCAGGCAUAUGUAUGGACACUAUUCACGUAUACGGGGACCAGUUGUGCAAGGAUGUGAAAUUCAACAAGAUAGAGAGACCCAAGCUGGGCCCCGCCUGUUAUCCGGGUGAAGACGUCACUCAACUCGCUACCGAUCUUAGUGAGUUAUCGGUGCGCCCCCCGGUAGAGGAGUGGCCCCCCCUGGGUCCGCGCCCCGCCCCCCCGUCCGUCGGUGCCCACCAGCCCCGCGUCAUUGAGGAGCCCGUGCCACAGGAGAGUGCUGCUGAAGAUACCCAGGAACCAACUGUAGAAGACUCCACUAUAAUGGAGGAGGGAGACUGUGAGACAGAGACGGAAGAUAGUCAACAAAUUCCUUCAGAUAUGGACGGUCUCCUCACUUGGUGUUUGCUCACGUUCCUCAAAUAUGGGGGGAAGAGAGCAGAACUUCCGCUCAAGACCAACCUGCUGUACAAGAACCACAUAAUGCCGUUGUGUCCGCCGGACCGAACCCUGGACGUGAAGAAGUCCAGCUACAAGAAGCUGGGCAAGUUCCUAGAAGCGAUGCAGCAGGAAGGUCUGGUGGAGGUGCGCGAGAUAGAGAAGGGUGUAUCGGCGCUGGUGUCGCUGCACCUCACUCACCCGCGCGUGAGGCAUCAUGCCGCGCCGGCGCCCUCUCCGGCUCCGGCUGCAAUCCCGGCGCCCACUGCCGCGUGUGACGACUACAAGCCGCCGCGGAUUACGGAGGUGUUCUGUCUCACGGCCGCUGCCAUGGAUCUGUUCCCCGGGCUCAAGAAGGGUGCAGUAUUGAAUGCAGCGGAUAUCCGAGCCGGCGUAGAAACACACGCGCGUACUCAUCGCCUGCAUUGUGACCGCGCCCUUAAACUGGACCCUGUACUGGCGAGAAUUAUGCGGCAAAACGUUGGCGAUACGGCGUCGUGGGAGGAAGUAAUGUCCAAGGUGCGGGAUUCCCUCACCGCUGCUACUUUAGUAGAAGAGGGGGACGGGGCCGGAAUGGAGGGGGGUGGGGGCAGUCGCCUCAUCAAGUCCAGGCUCCCUCCCAUCACUAUGCAGGUUGCCACCAGAGCGGGGAAUAAGAAGGUGACCCUGGUAUCGAACCUGGAAGCGUUCGGUUUCAACCUGCAGCCGUUGAGCCGCGCCUGCCAGCAGGCCGCCGCCGCCGCCUGCACUCUCACUAGGAGCCCUGGGGCUAAACACGACCAGCUAUUAUUACAAGGAGACCAGACACAUUUUAUAGCCAAGCUACUCAUUGAGAAAUAUGGCCUGCCCAAGAAAUAUGUAGAUGGAGCAGACAAAGCACUGAAGAAGAAAAAGUGAUUUGUAACAAUACCAACAUUCUGAAACAAUACCAUCAUAAUGGAAACAAUACAUUAUAAGUUUAUGAUUAACAGUAAUAAUUUUGUAAUAAAACAAACUGUUGAAGUAAUUUAUGUUUAUUUGUUUACAACACCUCCUAAUGAUACUUAUUAUUCUCGCCUCAACAAAGAGAUCUGACAAAAUAUGUUCAUACUCUAAUAUGGCAACCAUUGGACAGUCAAUAACACAUCAAAUUAAAUUAACCAAAAUUAUUAUUUUGCAAUACUUUUAGAUGUUUUAAUUGAUGUGUUAUUCAUUGUACCUGCACAAAAAUACCUAUACUAAAUACACAAAAAAUUGAUCAUUAAAAUAUAAAAUCCAUUUAAAAAGUACUGGAAGACAGCUUAGACUAAAUGAAUUGCUUAUAUGCUAUCUAUUAGCUUUAUAAUAUUCUCUCAUAAAUGAUAAAAUAAAAAUUAUAUAUUUUUUGAUAAAUCCAUUUUUACAAUGAAAAUUUUCUAAAAUCUAGGGUUAGGGUGGGUUGAUGUCCGUAUUUCAUUUUAUAUACAACACAAUAAAAAUAUCAAAACAUUGAAAUAAAACUCUGGUUCCAAUCAGUGGUGAUUGUAAUAUGAGUUCGUCAUAAACUCUCCUUAUUAAAUCAUUGGAAUGAUUAAAUUUAGAAGUGUUUAAAGAAACUUUUUAAAAUUGAUAAAUAUGUAGGAGGAGUACCUAACUCCUCCUACAUAGGAUUACAUAGUGAAAUCAUAAAAAUACUUCACAUAAUAAAAAAUAUCCUAAUGUAACUAUACCUAUUCUAAAAGCUACCACAACCAAAUUUAAGUAUGCAUUAGGAGAAUAUAGUUGUUUUUUAGAUUGACUUUUAGAGAUCAAUUUUCAAAUAUCAAAUAUAGAAGUUGCUCUGCUUUAAAAAAAAUUACAUUUAUCAAGCACAUUUUUUAUGGAUUGCACAAAAACGUUUAACUAAACUUUAGUAGAAGUCUUGUUAAACUUAAAGGGUGUUUUAAACGGUAGUAAAGAUUUUCUCUUAGAUUUCUUCAUGUCAGGAAGAGCUACAGGGGUUUGGAUUAUGGUUUCUGCUAUACUGGAGUACCCUUUGUCUGAGAUAACACUCUCACAUACCUUACUGGCGCUGGAAUCUACACUCCACUGACUUCUCACUGAACUCAUUGAAAAUCUUGAACUAGAAGAACAUUUUGAAGUCAAACUUGUCUUUGAGGGAGUCUUUCUCAUGAUCCCUUCACCUGUGUUAGUUAUAUCAGAAAAUAUGCUUUUACUGAACUUUGCUUGCUUCGAUGGCGAGGAAUGAUUCCAGGUUUUUGCAACUCUCUUCUCAGUUGUCACCUUCUCCACAUCUAAAUACUUGAACUUAGACAAGUCUUUAAUGAUUUUCUCCUCCCUGCGAGGCACUUGAUAACCCUCUGGGUCAACAUUUUCUAAUUCAUAAAAUGUUAAUGUGACACUCUCAUCACUUUCAGCAAAGGGGUUUGAAGAUGUGAAAUGUACUUUCUUUGUGGAAACGUCUGGGAAGAUAGUGCGGCGUGGCAUGUUUUCUUUAGUGAAUUUUGUAGAUGUAACAAUGAUACUACCAUCCCCAGCAUCAGCUGACAGGGAGCUAUCAAGGUCUUCAUAAGCGUAGCUUUUGCGCCGAGGACGCGCACGCAAGGAGGUCGCACGUCUGUGGUGACGUCGCGAUACCCAAUCACCCUUCUCACAUGCAGCUUGACCUAUAACUGCUGGCAAAGUGAUACCAUUACUCUGACCAGGGCAAAGGUCCUCACAAGAGUCCUUCAAUGGUAUAAUCUUGGCAGCAGGACUGUUUACAAUUUCCUUUGCAAUGAGAUCUCUCUCUCUUUUAUUAAGUGAUACCUCCCUUUGUCUUAAAGCAAUUAAGCGAGUCAUCCAUUGUUGACUCAGAGUUUCUUCAGAUAUUUGUUGAGGACAAUUAAUGUUAUCAAGAGCAGCACUGUAGGGUUUUCUGCUUCUUGGCACAAAGCCAGGCAACUCUAAAGCCAGAGCAGCCAAAGUAGGGGAGAGGGAGCCUCGGCCAGCGUGAGAAUCUUCAGUAUGGUUAUUCAACUUUACUUUAGGGCUUAAAUUGCAGUAUAUUGGGCUGUCCACUAGAUUAUAACACUUUCUGGGAGCUGGCUCAACAGCCCUGCACAUCUCUACAGCCUUCUGAGAAUCACAUUUAUUUGCUUCUGAGACUAAGUGUGUAUAUUCAGCAGAGACUAGGAUGUCAGCUAAUGUUGUGGGUCUACACUGAGUUUCGAUGUUUGCGAGGAUAGUAGGAUGGUAAAGCACCACGUCGGGGCGCAAGUUGACGUUCUUGUCAUCUGUCAGAAAUGUAACAACGUCGCUAAGGUCGUCGCUGUAGUGGAAGUCCUUUAUCUUGCGAUCAAACUCUCCGGUGCGGUAGCAGAGCGUGUGUAGCACAUCUCCCACCUGGCGCAUCAAGUUGGGCCUGCUCGUCGUCGCCAACUCGAAGCAGUUGAAACGAAGCUCGCCACCUUCGUUCACAAAAAUCGACUCCACACUCAAACAUUUCUGUAAAACGAGUAAAUGCAGAUCGUCUACAAGUUUACAGACCCGCGCUAGGUCCAAAAGCAGGUGCCAAAUGAAACCUUCCGCGAAGAACUUAUCGGUUACCUUGCUCACCUCGACCAGUUCUUGUACACUACGCCACGAGUUGUAUUCAAGGACAAAGUACAAUGUCUUUGAAGGUGCGUGCAAUAUGGUAUCGUAGUAUUUUAAUAGAUUUUCGGUUGUUAUUUUGCUUAUUGUUUUCACUUCGUUGACUACGUUUUGAAUUUGAUUUGCAGAGAACGCGGCACAAUUAUACGCUUUCCAUGCAAAAAUAUUGUUGGUGACCUUGUGUCUCACUUUAUAGAACGUGCCGCCACAUAAUACAUCUAUGACUUGAUAAUCUUUCAAUUUUUCCGCCAUUGUCGUUAUUUUAUUAAGAUUAUUUGAACAAUUUUUCACAUUUUGCAACCGACCCGAAACAAAGCCGACGUAAUUUUGAAUUGCGGCGACCGUUACAGAAAUAGUGUGAGGCAGCUUUCAUUAUCGAUAAAAAAUAACUGCCUUAUGUAAAAGUCGACAUUCGAUAUUUUAAAUGGCAUACUAACACUAUCAACCAAUG